UCCGGCUGCAUAGUCCUCUGAAAAUCACAACAAUGGGCAGUGCUUUGGCUGCCAGCUCCCCCAACCCUCCACCCCCUGCCUCUGAUGGUGCCGCCGUCCUGGGGUUGACGGUGCCGCAGGGCUUUGGGAUGCCUCCAGUUUCCUCAGUUGUAUCCCCUGCUGAGGCAGCCUCAGGACAGCAGCAGGAGGCAGAAAACCCUUUGCCUAACCCGGGUGCAUUUGAUGAGUGUCAUCGCAAGUGCAAAGAGGUUUUCCCGAUGCAGAUGGAGGGCGUCCGGCUAGUUGUCAAUAAGGGCCUUAGCAACCACUUCCAGGUGAAUCACACUGUGCUGCUAAGCACUAUGGGAGAGUCCACCUACAGGUUUGGCGCCACAUACGUUGGACCAAAGCAGAUGGGUCCAGCAGAGUUUUUUCCCGUCAUGGUGGGAGACAUGGACAACAGUGGGAGCCUUAACGCCCAGAUCAUCCACCAGAUCACCAGCAGAAUACGAUCCAAAGUGGCCUUCCAGACACAACAAAACAAGUUUGUGAACUGGCAAGGUGAUGCUGAGAUCAGGGGAGAAGAUUUCACUGCAACGGUUACACUUGGAAACCCGGAUGUCCUCGUCGGCUCUGGUAUUGUUGUAGCGCACUACCUCCAGUCCAUAACGCCGGCUCUGGCUCUGGGAGGGGAGCUGGUUUACCACCGCAGGCCAGGAGAAGAAGGCACGGUGAUGUCUUUAGUUGGCAGAUACACAGGCAGUAACUACAUCGCCACGUUGACGCUCGGUUCAGCGGGUGCUCAUGCUUCAUAUUAUCACAAAGCCAACGAUCAGUUGCAGGUCGGUGUGGAGUUUGAGGCGAGCACCCGCAUGCAAGACACCAGCGUGUCGUUUGGUUACCAGCUAGAUGUGCCCAAAGCCAAUUUACAGUUUAAAGGUUCACUAGACAGUAACUGGAUAGUUGGUGCAACGUUAGAAAAGAAGCUGCUGCCGCUGCCGCUCUCUCUGGUCCUCUGCACCUUCCUCAACCACCGCAAGAACAAGUUCCAGUGCGGUUUUGGUGUCACUAUUGGUUAGACUAGCGGCGGGUUAUCAACCCGCAGACAGACGGACUCACAAUGGACAAACAGACUACGCCAUCUACACAACUGUGUGCCCCAUCAACUCAAUCUGUCGCCCGAUUCGGCCAUUGUCAUGUUACAGGUUUCCCAAAUCAUAUUUCAUCAAAUGUGCUGAAUAGGAGGUACUAAUGUAAAUCUAUUGCAUUUAAUCCUGUAAGAUGAAUCCCCUGAUUGAUCAGAGUGUAACAAUUAACAUGAUUGGUCAGGAAUUUGUUGACUGGACUCUCGACACAAACCAAUAGACGGUAGAAAGACGUAACACAUUAAGAGACAUUACAGAGCUCUGUUUUUGUCACUGAGUUCGGUGCCUGUUGCUCCUGUUAAGAAUUUCAUUCUUGUUUUUUUACUGUAAAAUCUGUCUUGAUGUGCAGUGAAUGAAUGUCAUUUGCUUGUUUAAAGGUGAUUUAUCGGUUGCAGAGAAGCUGACCUGCUGUCAGGAAGGAGUAUACUGUGCAUGUCACGUUCACGAUCCAUCACUUGUUGUGUUGCCUUUUUUAUGUUACAUAUGGAACAGUAUAUAUGAACUGUACAUACCUCUACUGACUGAUAAAUGCCAUUUCUU